GUAACCAUAACAAAAGUAAGUGGCAUCCGGUUCCGGUAGAAAAAAAAAUCAAAUUUAUUUUUUUUCCUUAAAAUUUAGUGGUUUAUGAAAAAGUAAAUCAAAAUAAUGGAUUUUAUUCCAUUUAAUAAUGCAGCAUCUAAUAGAAGCAAAACUUCCUCACCUCAUAGUUUUAAGAACAAUGCACAGAUACAGUCUCCAGGCACCAACAUGAAAAAAUCUUUAUCGUUUGGAAGUCCAGCAUUGAAUAUGCCUGCUUUUGGGAGCCCAGCUGUUAAUUUUGGAGCUCCUGCUGUACAAAAUACAGGGCUAAAUCGACAUCAUAGUACCCCAAGUCCUAGACAUUAUAAUCCACAAUAUUCUCCUCGUGCACGAGGGCACAACCAGAGCCCGUUCCAGCAAAGUCCGAGAGGACAAAGUCCACGUCAGUAUUCUCCCUAUGGAAAUAAUAAACAGUCCAAUGAGAAUUUUAGAUACUCAAAAGAUGGAAAUGGUUUUAAAACUCCCCACCAGUUCUCACCAAACAGAGGCAGAGGAAAUGGGAGGAAAUCUUUUAACAGGCAGUUUGGACAGACUCCCCGUUUUGAUUGUAAUGCAGGAGGCAGUUUAAACAUUGAGGAUUAUUAUCAUCCUAGUAUGAUUGAAGACCCGUGGCGUAAUUAUAAGCCAGUCUUUCUAAAGACUUGAUAACCAAUUAUAAAGUUGAGGGGAAGGUAACAUAUGCAAACAGUGAAAUAACUGUUUAACGUUUUUCAGCUAUUGAUUCCUGUUUAGGAAAGAAAUAAUGCAAGAUCUCAUAUUGGCAAUGGCAAAAUUUCAAGAAGAAUUAACUUUAACAUGAUUAAGAAGUUGAAAACUUUUACAUUUCACCUUGGAACUCUAAAGUAAAUUCAAAUUAAAUAGUGUUAUUUAAGAGCAGUAACUUCUCAAGUUUUGAAGGCAGCAAUGAAAUUUCAUGGAUUAAUUCAGGGAUACAUGUGCAUCAUUUAUUUUAAUACAUAUUAAUUUUGGAUUUAUUAUAAUAUGAUUGAAUAAAUCAUGCAGAUUGUAAUGGCAAGGAGAAAGACUUGACAGUACUUGCGAGUAAAUUUUGUUUAAAAAUUAACAGUACAGUGAUAUAUGUGAAAUGAACAGACUGUGGUACAGUGUGUUCAUAGCUGUAACUAUCUAACUUACAGUUAACCCUGAUACCCUGUCAUGUCAAAGGUUGCGGAUUUAAGUGUGUUGUGAAACUAUGUCCUUCAUUUUUUUUUCAGCUUACAGUUUGAAUGAAUAUUACAUUUAUGUCUGAUUACAGCGGACAGAAUCAUGUUGAAUGCCAAACAUUAUGUAGGAUAAUUAUUAAUUUCUUACUUAUUAACUGUGACCAUUCAUUCCUUGCAGAUUUGUUAAUACGGAUUCACAAACUUGAAACUAAAUAAGAAUUUAGGAUACCACAGUUCCUUUCUCAGGAAUUUUUAUAAUUUUAUCAUUAAUCAUUGACAAGUGUGGACUGAUUGAAGAUAUAUAUGUUGGCAGCAUUUUAUCAGUGUGAUGUUUUUAUAAAAUCUCUGAUUGGGCGUCUGUUAUCAUUUUAUUAUUUUAUUCACUUUGUACAGUUUGUAAAUUGAAAAAAAAGAGUUGUUUCAAACGAUAUUGACUAUAUAAUGGUUAAAAUCAACAUUAUUAAAGAUUACUAUAUG